GGACAGCAUCAGUCUGCUGGAGCCGGAGGAGGGGAGCUUCUCAGCGGCGUGGAACAAAACAGUCAGCGGUACAGGACGUUUUAAACACCACUUCUAUUUAAUUGUUCAGCUGUCAGACUGUCAGCAAUGAAGACGACCGCCAGUCAUUCGUCGAGAGUUGGUAAAAACCCUUUCGUCCACCAGCUGAAACUCACCGACAGCGAGAAAUUAAAGAUAGCGCUGAUGUCGGUUACAGUUUUUCCAGUGCGACUGCUGCUCGUGUCUUUCCUCAUGCUGCUGGCAUGGCCCUUCGCCUUCGCAGCCUCCCUGGGCCGCUCUGAGUUUGUCAUCGAGCCACAGUCGUGGUGGAGGAGGCUUGUGGACCUGUGUCUACGAGUGAUCAUGCGAGCCAUGUGGUUUUGUGGAGGUUUCCAUUGGAUCAAGGUGAAAGGGGAGCGAGCGGCACCCUCUGAAGCUCCCAUCCUCACCGCGGCACCACAUUCUACUUACUUUGAUGCCAUCCCAGUAACCAUGACCAUGUGCUCCAUAGUCGCCAAACUGGAGAGCGCAAGCAUUCCAGUCUGGGGCACUUUGAUCAGCUACAUCAGGCCAGUGUUUGUGUUUCGGUCAGACCAACACUCAAGGAGAAAAACUGUAGAGGAGAUCAAGCGGAGAGCUCAGUCUGGAGGGAAGUGGCCUCAGAUCAUGAUAUUCUCAGAGGGGACGUGCACCAACAGGUCUGGUCUCAUCUUAUUCAAGGCUGGUGCUUUCAUCCCAGGACUCCCAGUGCAGCCAGUGAUACUGCGCUACCCAAACAAACUGGAUACUGUUACAUGGACGUGGCAAGGUCCUGGAGCCUUUAAGAUCUUAUGGCUGACUUUGUGCCAACCUCAUAAUUCUAUGGAGAUUGAGUACUUACCUAUUUACACUCCAUCAGAGGAGGAGAAGAAGAACCCUGCCCUGUUUGCCAAUAAUGUCAGGAAGCUCAUGGCCAAAGCGUUGGAGCUGCCACUCACAGACCUGUCCUUUGAUGACCGUGAGAUCAGCCUGUCACAGGGCCCACUGCGUAUUUAUGACUACAGCUGCUUGCUGGAGUUCAACCAGCUGAUGCGCAGCUUAGGGCUGAGAGCAGGAACCACAGCUUUGGCGCUGGAAGAGCAGGCCAAGAGAGCCAGAAAGCUGCAGGGAGACAGGCUGGGUUUGGAGGACUUCGCCCAGUUCCUCAACCUGCCAGCUACAGACAUACUUGAACAAGUCCACAGCUUCUUUGAUCAGCAUGGAGUUGGACAGAUAGACAUCAGACACUAUGUUACUGCUCUGUCCGUCAUUCACCGACCUUUAAAGCCAAUGGACACCCUCAAAUUGGCCUUCAAGAUGUAUGAGAGCGAGGAGACUGGGGAAAUCCUAAAGGAGGAUCUGGCAGUCAUCUUUGAAAUAAUGUUGGGAGUGAAGGAAGUGGACCUCACAGUGAUGUUUUUAGCGUUGGGAGGACCUGACACAGGGAGGAUCACUUAUGAUGAACUUCAUAAUUUUAUACAGAAGUUUCAAAACUUUGCCCUGGAAUGCCUUGAUUUUAAAGACCAUCCACGAAAAUUCUGCAUCACCCAUCGCACAAGCUGCAACGGCAAUAAGCAAGACAAAGACAGCUAAACAACAGACUUAACCCCUCUAUUUACAUUCUCUGUCCUGCCUGACAGCAUCAUCUACAGAUGCUGCAGUUUAGCUGCCACCACGGUGCCUUUAAGUGCAGGUAGAGAAAGAACAAAGUUUCUAGGAAAGGUAAGAAUCUGAACUCCAUCUGUUAUCUCAGUUCUCUUUAGAGUUUUUUCAUUUAGUUUUCUUUAUGAUCUAAAAAAAACCCUGUUUUGUAAUGCUCUACAAAUAUUUAUUUAAAAUUAAUUUUCUCAUGUAUCUAAUGCAGAUAUUUGAAAGAAGGUAUAUUUUGUCCUUAUGGAAGAAUUUGUGUCGAAGGUUAGCACUGUCGUUAUCUCAGACAAAUGGACAAUAUCGCAUUGCCCUUUUCUGCUGCUCUUCAGUUUCAUACAGAAAGACAAAGAACUCUCUUUUCAGGUAGAAACUACAGAAUCUGACAGAUAUACAACAGUCUGCCAUUACGUGACAAGUCUGGAAUGCUAUCCUACCAAUUUUCUUUACUUUAGCUGCCAUAGGCCAAAGUAAAAUAGCUUUAACGUUCUGAUCCCCAAGCACUUUGUAGGUGUUUUUUGCUCCUGUCAAAUUCUGACUCACCAAAAAAUGGCAAUCUGUAAAGUCCUACACCUCUAUGGGAACAGCACAACCAUGCCUGGAAGUAGAACUUAGAAAUGUCUUCUAAGUCGUAUAACAAAGGUAUAAUGACAUGAGUUAUAAAAAAAAAAAAAAAAAACAAUAGUUACAUUUCUUUGAUAAUUUAUUUAACAAAAAUGGAAAGAAACUUGGAAAUAACAUGGACAGAAUUUUUUGUUUCCACAGGUGUUAGCAACACUGGAAAGAACUGCUUCCUCUACAUACCAAAUACUGACAUUUGUAAUACUUCUCUCCUCUCUGCUUUGUGUAAACACAACCUGUAGUUCAGCCCAGUUCAGCUGAAAAGUCUAAAAAAAAUUUUGUCACAUGACUGUUGCAGCUGAGUCAAUAAGGACUUCUGUGCAGGAUUUUUAUUGAUGUUUUUUUUUUAUUUUUGCAGAAUUUGAUUGCUGCAAACAAUUUAUUUUUGGUAUUUAGAUAAACAAAACAAAAGAGAGACAUGUAGAAUAUAGUGAUUUUGAUGAAAUAUCUCAAUUUUAGGCCUAGACUAGAUGGAACAGCAAGUCACAAAUAGGUAGUUCAAGGACUGUCAGAAAGUUAAAAAUCCAACUUAUUUCUGUUUUUACUGUUUCUCUCCAUGAAAAUUGGUGUAAUUCUGGAAUUUUUUUAAAAUGACAAUAUGCCCUUCAAACCUGCUGGCAGGUUUUGUGUUUCACAGGGCUAAUAAGCAAAAAAGUGACAAUUGGGCCUGCAUUUAUCAAAAUGUCUUAGAAUCCUGGAAACGGUGCUAAGUUAGCACAGUUAACAGGAAGGAAAACCACACUUACCUCAGAAUACAAGUUAAUUGUUACUUUCAACAAAGAAACACUGAAAGUUGCAAUGAGGGAUUUUUUUUCCUGACAUUCUCAGUCAAAUUAUGACAUGCUGUAGUUUUUCAGACAGUUGCUGUUCAGAGUUGUAGUUAAAUGUGAAAUCUACAUGCGGAAAAUAGUAAAUGCUUCAUGUACAUGGGUUAGUAAAAGGUUACUUAGGCAUCCAAGUGAUGUAAAAAGCAAUGCUUACAUCUCUAUAAUUUACCAAUAAUCUAUUUGCAUUAGUAGGCAGAUUUUUUUUAAUUGUGAGAGUUUUUGUGGAGAGAACAUUCUGCAUCCCACGGAAGGUCAGGUUACCAUCACCUGGAACCCUUGGACAGGUUCAGACAUUUCUUGAGCUCUUCUCGAUGUCCACCAAGAUAGGAGACAUCUUAAAUAAAGAUAGUUGAAUACUUUCAGUUCUAAUCUGAAAAGCUGGACCAAAGAUGUGUCAGACUGACUCCUGCCUUCCUAUAGCUAAAACUACAUCUACCUACAACCUUUCCUGAGGGGAUUAUAAAAUACUGACUCCAGACUGACUCUUCUGCCUGCUGGUGACUUUAUAUUUUCAUCAGUGUCAGAAUACAUACAUUUUUUUCAUGUAGUUUGAUGAAUAAUGUAAAAGUUAUUUGAUGUUUUUAAUGUCAGUACUGUUGGUCCAGAAUAGUUUCUACACCUGCAAGUUAAGAAAUUUAGAAGUGGCCUACUUUUCCUAAAAAUUAAAAAAAAAAAAAAAAAAAAAAAAACAUGGACUGCUUAGCCAUUGUAGAAAAGCAAAGUUCAAUUUUGAAAUGAAUAAAUAGAAAACAUGUCUUCAGUUUCUUAAGCUUAUUUCUCCUUCUCUGCUGGUUUAAAUGCUGACCUCUGAUAGUUUAUGUUGGACACAUUUUGUACCUUAUGACUGAAAAGUUCCUGUUAUAUUUCAUAAGGGCAGAAAUCAAAUCUUUUUGAUUUACGAAUAAAAUGCAUUCAAUUUU